AUGUCUUCCAGCAAAGCUCUGUGUUACCCACGCCCGCCAUGUUACCCCGACAUCUGCCCAGACCCAUAUGUUGAUGCCUGGAACGAGCCUUGUCUCACCUCAUGCGGCGACUCGAGCGCAGUGGUCUAUGCACCGCCGGUUGUCGUGAGAUUCCCGGGACCGAUUCUUGCUACCUGCCCUCAAGACAGCUUCGUGGGAAGCACCUUACCAUAUUUACCCUAUGGGUAUGGGGGCCUAUAUGGAGGUGGUAGUUUUGGUGGCUCAGUUGGAUCUGGAGGUGCUUAUGGAGGUGGAUCCGGUGCUGGGUAUGGUGGUGGAUACGGGGGCGGAUAUGGAUGCAAAUACGGGGGCUUCUAUGGGUAUGGGAAGAGCUAUGGUAGGAAGUGCUAUUCUUCCCGCUUUGGAAGCUGUGGCCCAUGUUAAAGAAAGAUCCACGGAACAAGAAACAACCAGGAAAUGAAAGCGACGAUGGA